AUGGUUCCGAUUUUUUGGUUAUUGGUUAAAAUUUCUUUUCUAAUUGCUGUUCCAGUACAUUGCUUUUCUGGUUGGUACGAUAUUGAAGAAGUGAGGAAUACACUGUAUGAACCAGAUAUUUCUUCGGUUUUGUCUGGAAUCGAUCCGUCCUUCAAUCUUAGUACUGUGUCACUGGAUAACAAAGAGAGCAUACUGAAAAAAAUCAUCGAGGACUUACCUGCUCGAGAUGACAAGCAGUAUGUCUUUAUCAAAAGCAAAACUGGACAGAAUUUCGCAUGCAAAUUACCAUUAAUAGAGCCGCCAAAAAAAUCUCAAGAGACCAGCUAUAAUCCGAAGUAUUUAGCUGAGUUAGUAUCAGCGAGUUUCUACAUCAAAAACUGUAUAAGCAAGGACCUUGGUUGGUGGAAGUAUAAGCUAUGCAGAGGUAUUGAUGUGAAACAAUGGCAUGGAGCAAAGAACGAAGCUGCACAGAUAACAAAUUCACUGGGGAUUUUCUUGGGCAAGUACGCAGUACCUUCGUUUCAGACAUCCACUAGUGAUCGGCUGAUGUAUUUGGAAGAACAGUACGAAGGUGGGACACUGUGUGAUCUACCCGAUAAGAGGUCGGCUAGGAAGACUGCAGUAAGAUACGUUUGCGAUCCACAGCUAUCAACAAGUGAAGCCUACAUUGAUCAAGUGGAAGAGGCUGCUUCAUGCGAAUAUCUCAUCACGGUUAAAGUCGGUUCACUAUGCAGUCUAAGUGCAUUCAUGCCUCUGAAUCUUUUAUUACAGGAGCAUCCACAUGAGAUUAUUUGUCAACCACUCGUUUCUAAGGAGGCGAUUGAAAAAUUUUUAGAGGACACUAUCCGAAAAAGAGCUGCCCAGAAAGAAGCAGUAGAGCUGGCACAUGAAGCACUGAAUAAUGUUCGCCGGAUACAACGGCGUCGUGCAUCAAUGAGAAGAACCGAAUUGGCAAGAGAUUCAUCAAUCGAGAAAUCUGCAUUACGUUCCUAUCUCGACAAGGAGUACAAUGACGCUGUUGAAAAGUACAUUUCCCUUUCUGUCAUGGCUCGGAUGGGUGACACACUCAAUAGCGAUGCGUUGGAGAGCGUCAACAAAUUGUCGCGAGAAGUUGACGAUAUUGAAAGAGUAUUUUAUUCGUAUGACUAUUCAAAUAUACAUGAUCAGGAUACUGGUAAUCUAUGGUACUACUUCCAUGAUCCAACGUGGAACAAGACGCAUUUCCCAAAGUCUUUGGAUUGGGUUGAUACGAUGAAUGCUUACCAUCGUGCUGCUUCCAAAUUGCUCAACGAACAAACGCAAUAUUCACUUGUUCAAAAAUUGUUCCCUCUUCUGAAUAAAAAUCCAUGGAUUCAACACGAAAACCUGCUAUUACAUGGUGCUUUGAGUACAACGUUACGAUCUGCUGCACUGCAAGACAUACCGCUGUUUAUGGCAGCAAGUAAUUUGGCACUUGACGAUGAAGUAGUGAGCUACAUUGCUGAAGGGGAAGGGAUUUUUGGAUAUCGCGGAUCCGUUGUCAUAAACUCUUUCAUGAAGUUUGUGAGAAGUGAAUUUCGUAGUGGUCUGGAAUUGGCAUCGCUUGGCGAGAAUCUCGAAGAAGUUCUCGCCACUCAACUAAUCCCUGCUUAUAAAUAUGUUGAGCAGACCUUAAUGGUGGGCCGUGUUUCACUUCCCGACGAUCAACGCCAAAACAUAGAAGAAGACAUGAUAAAAAUGCUCGAUAGAUUAUGCGUCGCCUAUCAGCUGGCUCAGAUUAGAUACGACCUGGAACAACCUUUCCACAAAUUGAGCUUUUUUGGUGUUGGAUUAGGGAAGAAGUCGGACAUUCUUUUCGACGACUUUUAUCAGUCAAUAGAACGAUCUCGGUCUGUUGAGGAGAGGAUGGAGAGAAAUGCUCGUUUACGGAAGGUUAUGCGGUCAUUUUUCGAUCAGUACAGUCAACAAAUUUUCGAUGAACAGUGGUACACCAUGGCUGAGUUAUUGCUGUACAACAAACGUGAACAGGAUGAGGUAACGUAUGGUAAAAAUUCUCUUGAUGUUUUCAAAAAUUCUUUUCUCGAUGGAAAAAUUGUAAUGAGUAAUGCGGAUGUCAAAGAAGUGAUGUCAAUCCUAAAUGCUGCCGGAUUCAAAGUGGAUGACGUUAAAGUCCAAGUGAUCUCAGCAGCAAGUAUGCAAGAAAAUGGUAAGCCAAAACUGGGUGCGGAUGAAAUGCGAUUCCUACAAGAGUUGAUCAAGCGACAAAUGGAUGAUCUACGGGAAAUGACUCGAAUCAAUCAAAGGGAGCAGGCGUAUGCUGCUGUGGUUGAUCAGUGA